CAGCGGUUCUGGGAGUUAGGGGGAAGUCGCAUGGGCCAGGCGAUGGGCCUGAAGGAGGAAGGUGAGGAGGCAAAGGAAGGGGGUGCAGGUGCGUCGGGUGAGGGUCCGGGGAAAGAGGAGGAGGAGUACGACUACCGUAAAGAGAGCAAAUUCAGCGAGCAUCUGAAGGACAUGAAGAAGGAGGGGCAGAGUGACUUUUCCCGGAGCAAAUCCAUGGCAGAGCAACGACAGUACCUUCCCAUCAGUACGGUGCGGGACGAACUGCUGACCGUCAUCCGCGAGAACCCGAUCGUCAUCAUUGUAGGCGAGACGGGCUCGGGGAAGACCACGCAGAUGACCCAGUACUUGCAUGAGGAGGGUUUCACCGACUUGGGAAUGGUGGCAUGCACGCAGCCCCGCCGCGUUGCCGCGACCACGGUGGCCAUGCGCGUCGCAGACGAGAUGGGGGUGGAGUUGGGUGAAGAGGUUGGGUACUCGAUCCGCUUCGACGACUGCACCUCGGACAAGACCCUCAUCAAGUACAUGACGGACGGCAUUUUGUUGCGCGAGUCCUUGCGGGAACCGGACCUCGACUCUUACGCCGCCAUCGUCAUGGACGAGGCCCACGAACGGUCGCUGAACACGGACGUGCUAUUCGGGAUGCUUCGUAAGGUUGCUCAACGCCGACGGGACCUGAAGCUCAUUGUCACGAGCGCCACCCUGGAUUCGAAGCGCUUCUCGGACUUCUUUGGGGGGGUUCCCGUCUUCGAGAUCCCGGGACGCACGUUCCCGGUGGAGCGCGUGUACGCGAAGACGUCGGUGGAGGACUACGUGGACGCGGCCGUCAAGCAGGCCCUGGCCAUCCACCUCUCCCACCCCCCCGGCGACAUCCUCGUCUUCAUGACCGGCCAGGAGGACAUCGAGACCGUCUGCGAGGUCAUCGCAGAGCGGAUGAUGGACUUGGGCACCGACCGGGUGCCCCCUCUCCUGCUUCUCCCGCUCUUCUCCAACCUGUCUUCGGACCAGCAGUCUAAGGCCUUCGAGGCGACCGAGAAGGCCGUGCGGAAGUGCGUGGUCUCCACCAACAUCGCCGAGACGUCCGUGACAGUGGACGGGGUCAAGUACGUGAUCGACUGCGGCUUCUCCAAGCUGAAGGUCUACAACCCGAGCAUUGGCAUGGACUCCCUCCUGGUCACACCCGUGGCGCAGGCCAACUCGGACCAGCGGGCGGGCCGGGCGGGCCGCACGGGACCCGGACACUGCUACCGCCUCUACACGGAGCGGCAAUACCGGGACGAGCUGCUCAAGACACAGGUGCCCGAGAUCCAGCGCACGAAUUUGGCCAACGUGGUGCUGCUGCUCAAGUCCUUGGGCGUGACCGACCUGAAGGAAUUCGACUUCAUGGACCCCCCGCCUCAAGAGAACUUGCAGAACUCCAUGUACCAACUUUGGAUCCUGGGCGCCCUGGACAACACAGGGCAGCUUACGACGCUGGGCCGGAAAAUGGCCGAGUUUCCCAUCGACCCACCGCUGGCUAAGAUGCUCAUCGUCUCCCAUGAUUUGCGCUGCUCGGAAGAGGUGCUGAUCGUAGUCUCGAUGCUCUCCGCCCCGCCCGUCUUCUUCCGACCCAAGGACAGGGCGGAAGAGUCAGACGCCAAGCGCGAGAAAUUUUUUGUGCCUGAGUCGGACCAUCUGACCCAUUUGAAUGUAUAUCUACAGUGGAAAAAGAAUCGAUACAGCGCGCCCUGGUGCACCGAGCACUUUUUGCACGCCAAGUCCCUCAAGAAGGCCCGAGAGAUCCACGGGCAGCUCUCCGACAUCAUGCAGUCCCAACGCAUGCCCUUACACGCGGCCGGUAACUCCAACUGGGACAGGGUACGCAAGGCGAUUUGCUCUGCCUACUUUUACAACUCGGCGCUCAUGAAGGGACUGGGCGACUACCGCAACCUCCUGACAGGCAUCCCCUGCCACGUCCAUCCCACCUCAGCCCUGGCUGGUCUGGGAUACACGCCUGACUAUGUCACCUACCACGAGCUAGUCAUGACCUCGAAGAGCUUCAUGCAAUGUAUCACAGCCAUCGAGCCUGAGUGGCUGGCAGAACUGGGACCCGCCUUCUUCUCCCUUCAUGAAAGUUCCACCAACAGGAUGGCGCGGCGGCGAGAGGAGAAGGAACUGAAGGAUAGCAUGGAGGCAGAGAUGCAGGCAGCGUUGAAGCGGGAAGAAGAGGAAAAAGCAGCACGAAAAGCUGCUCAAGUUAAAGAGACGCCCAAACAUGUAGGGAGCCGGAUGCAGACGCCGGGUCGGUGGACCCCCCGCCGCGUGGGUUUGUAGUGCCCGAGGUGAGGAUACUACCGCUUCUCGCAUGUGCAUUGCAUGGGAGCACACUUAAUUUUGAAAGCAUUUAUUGAAUUUGCUCGCGUGCAUGUACAUUAGCAAAAGAAUUCAGACAUAAAUUCAUAAA